AUGUCUGGAAAAACUCAAGGCAACACUUUUCGACUUGAAGUCCUUAAAGCACGUGGAAAUGGUGUAGUAACAACUAUUGAAAAUAUAUCAGCAAAUGCAACAAUUGCUGAUUUAAAAAAACAAGUUGCUCAAAAAAAGCCAAAACUUUAUCCUGAUCGUCAAUCAUAUCGAAAUGAACCAACUGGAAAAUCGGUGAAAGAUACACAAAAAUUAUCGGAAUUAAAUGUUGAUAAAACAGGAAAAAUUUAUUUUAAAGAUUUAGGGCCACAAAUAGGAUGGAGCACGGUUUUCAUGGCUGAAUAUGCAGGUCCAUUGGUUAUUUAUCUAUUAUUUUAUAUUCGACCAAGUAUUAUUUAUGGUUCAUCAGCAAGUUCAAAACCAAUGCAUUUAGCUGCUCAUUUGGGCGCUGCUUGUUGGACAUUCCAUUAUGCAAAACGUAUUUUAGAAACAAUAUUUGUUCAUCGAUUUUCCCAUUCAACAAUGCCUAUAUUUAAUUUAUUUAAAAAUUGUGGUUAUUAUUGGGGAUUUACUGCAAUGGUUGCAUAUUUUGUUAAUCAUCCAAAAUAUACUCCACCACUAUUUGGUUCAGCUCAAGUUUUUUUAGGUUUAGCAAUUUUUCUUAUAAAUGAACUAGGUAAUUUAUCAAUUCAUUUACUUCUUCGUAAUCUUCGUCCACCUGGUACAACUGAACGACGUAUUCCAUAUCCAAAUAAAACAAAUCCAUUUACAAACUUAUUUCAUUUUGUAUCAUGUCCAAAUUAUACUUAUGAAGUUGGUUCAUGGUUAGGAUUUUCAUUAAUGACACAAACAUUAACUGCAUUUCUAUUUACAAUUGCUGGUACAGUACAAAUGACAGUUUGGGCUAAACAAAAACAUCGUGCUUAUAAAAAAGAUUUCGCAGAUAAAUAUCCAAAACAACGUAAAUCGAUCAUUCCAUUUAUAAUUUAA